AUGACUAAGAAGCUAUCGCUCGAAACAGAACUUGUCCACGUGGAGGACACCAACACCCACAAUGCCUCAAUUACUCCAGCAUACAUGUCUGCAACUUUCAAGGCCAAAGACCUUGACGAAAUGGGUCCGUACGACUACACCAGGUCGGGAAAUCCUACUCGUUCAGCUUUGCAGAAUCACCUGUCCAAGAUCAUGAAAGCCAAGCAUGUCUACGCUCUGAACUCAGGAAUGGCAGCUUUGGACGUCAUUGUCAGAAGCUUGAACCCGGGUGACGAAGUUGUCGCUGGUGAUGAUCUUUACGGUGGAACUGACAGACUGUUGACAUACAUCAAAACUUUCAAUCACAUUAAGGUGGGUCACUAUGACACUACAAAUUUGGAGCUCAUCACCUCCAAGAUAACAAAGAACACAAAGAUGGUUGUCCUGGAGUCACCAACUAACCCUCUGAUCAAGAUCUGUGAUCUCAAGGCCAUUGCAGAUCAUGCCCACAAGCAAAACCCGGACUGUGUAGUUGUUUUCGACAACACCAUGAUGACGCCUCUGUUCAUGUCUCCUUUGGAGCUGGGAGCCGAUAUUCAAUACGAGUCUGCUACAAAGUACUUGAAUGGACAUCACGACAUUAUGGCUGGUGUGAUUGCAACCAACAGUGACGAGUUGGCCAAAAAGGUUUUUUUUGUCAUCAACGCUACAGGUGCUGGUAUCGCUCCUUUUGACUCUUGGCUGCUGCUUAGGGGCCUCAAGACAUUGGCUUUGAGGGUUGAAAGACAACAGGAGAAUGCCUUGAAAAUUGCAAAGUGGCUUGAGUCGCAAAAUAUAAAGGUUAGAUAUCCAGGGUUGGAGUCUCAUCCACAGUACGAGCUCCACAAGAAACAAUGUAAAGGUACUGGAGCAGUACUGUCCUUUGAAACGGGAGACGUGGCUGUUAGCAAGAGAAUUAUUGCGGCCUGUGAGCUGUACUCUGUCACAGUGUCUUUUGGAUAUGUGGCUUCACUGAUUUCUCUUCCAUGCUUGAUGAGUCAUGCAUCGAUUUCCGCGGAAACUAGAAAGGAGAGAGAGUUCCCUGAAGACCUCAUUCGGUUGUGCGCCGGUAUUGAAAGCGCAGACGAUUUGAUCGAAGACCUUGCUCAUGCUUUUAAAGUCGCUGGAUUUAGAUGA